AGAAUCUAUUAUUAAUGUUAAUGAUGAGAAAAUAAACGGAUAUCGGGAAUGGCGGAGGAUGCAGGUAGAAAGAAGUCUUUGACCCCGGUUGACCAGCAGCCUGGACCAACAGAUGGGGAAACAGAGAAACAAAUUGAUUGGGAGGAGACAGUUAGUACUCCGCUUAAACCUAAAGGAGGAAAGAAACCUAAACUAGUGAGUCCUAGUGAUAAACAUGCAACCUCAGAGGGAACCAACGGAUUCAUUACCUUCUCCGUGGAGGGAGAUCCGGCUCCAGAGGUGGAAUGGUUCAAGGGAUUCAAGGAUCUAUCUGUUGAGAGUAGAUAUAAAUUCUGGACUUGUGGAGAGGACAAUACAAUCACACUUGGUUGUUUCGAGGCCAGAUCAGAGGAUGAAGGAGAUUACAAGGUUGUGGUGAAGAAUGAGCAUGGAAGUACUGAGUUUGAUUUCAAGUUCUAUGUCACAGUGGAGGGAGGGAUGGAUUUUAGAGCUAUGCUCAUGAAGAGAAAAGUUAAACAGAAAAAAGUCGUCGUCAAGAAAAUAGAAUGGAUCGAGAGCCCUGUAGAUCAGGAAGUGCAGCAAGGGAAGUGUGAGGAAGUAAUUAUAAAAGCUCGGCUCUCAGAGAAGGAGAAGAAGGGGAAAUGGUAUAUAAGGAAUGCAACUACAUUUAAGGAUAUUCGGAGCAGUGAGUACGGAUUGGAACUGUUUAAAGGUGAGAAGUAUGACUGGAGUUUCAAGGAGGACACCUAUACCCUGGUGAUCAGGAAUCCUACUCCAGUAGAGGAGGGAACCUAUCAGAUAGUUGUCAAGGAACUAGAUAUGAAGGCAUCAGGAUAUCUUGCAGUUAAAGCUGCGGACCCUGAGUACUGUUUCAAGAAGUUCUUGAAGGAUCAGGAGAAAGGUUUAACUGCUCGUUCUCUCAAGCUCACCUGUCAUCUGAAUACACCUGGAGCUAGAACUAGAUGGCUCAAGAAUGGAAGUCCUAUGACGUUUGACAACAGGAUAGAGAGGCAGGAUAAAGGAGAGAAGUUAAGCCUUGUAUUCCGAACCUGUGAGAUGGAUGAUACAGGAACCUAUAGUUGUGAGAUCAUGGAGUUUGUAAAGAACGGAGAGAAGGAUCAGACAGAUUGCUGGCUACAAGUCGAAGAAUAUCCACAUACAUUUACGAGUAAACUGAAAGGACAAACUGCAGUCGAACACGACAGAGUUGAGUUCGAGAUCGACGUAGAAGCAACAGAUGCUGAGGUCACGUGGUUUAGAAACGGGAAAAAGAUUACUCCGGAUCAGGACGGAAGAAUUGAGAUAGUGGUUGAGGGUAAGAAAAGGAAGCUAGUGAUUAAAGAUGCACAUCUUGAAGAUGCUGGAGAGAUUACUUGUGCAACAAACAGAGAUUCAUCUUCAUGCAGCUUUCAAGUUAAAUAUGCUAACGAGUUCACCAAGGGUCUGGAUCAGUUUAUUGAUGUUGUUGAAAGGGAAGAAUAUGUGUUUAAUGUUGAAGUAAAGGAUCCUGGAGCUCCAGUAGAGUUCUAUAUGAAGGGUGAGAAGGUGAGUAGGUCUGAUCCAAGAUGUGAAUAUGUGAACCUCGGAGAAGGAAAGCAUCAGCUGAUAAUACACAGUAUAAAGAUGGAAGAUCUAGGAUUGGUAGAGUGCAGAACUCCGUCUAACCGUGGAGAUCAAGUUCUUGUCAGCUCAGCAACCUUUGAUGUUACAAAGGGAGAAGAUGCUCCAGAAAUAGGAACCACUGGCCCUGUGACGGGAAUAGCAUAUAAAGAUUGCAACUGGCAAGUUCCAUACAAGAUAGUUGGUCAUCUACAAUCUAAGCUUGAGGUUAUAGUGAUGAAAGAUGGAAAGGAACUGAAGCUGGGACAGGACGUAAACGUUAACAUAAAAGGAGACAGUAUAGAUCUAGCAGUAAUCAACCCUAGAAGAGAGAAGAGCGGGGUUUAUAAAGUAAUACUAAAGAACGCUCAGGGGCAGGAUGAACGGGAUAUAAUGGUCAAUAUCAUGGAUAAACCUCUGCCCCCGCAGUUCUGCAAGGUAUCUGAUGUAUAUCAUGACAACUGCAAGGUUGCCUGGAAGGAACCUGUAGAUGAUGGAGGAACUGAGAUCACCAGGUAUAUAAUAGAAGCUCUGGAUAGAACCCUGGGGAAUGAUUGGCAUCAAGUAUCUGAACCAGGACCUGGAGAUAGACAGGUAUACCAAAUAUAUACCUGGAGUCAAGUAUCUGAACCAGGACCUGGAGAUAGACAGAAGAGAAUCGAUAACCUAGCAAACAGGCACAAGUACAGAUUUAGAGUCAUUGCGAUCAACAAGAUCGGACGAUCACAACCUUGUGAGAUGCUGGGGGACGAUAUUAUGAUCAAAGAUCCUUGGGAUGAACCUACACAGCCAGGACGUCCUAAUAUCCUAGACUGGGGUCCGGAGCAUUGUGAUUUAUCCUGGGAACCUCCGGAGUCGGACGGAGGAGCUCCUAUUACACACUACGUUAUUGAGAUGAAGGAGAAAUCCUUGGAUAUGUGGCAGGUUGGAAGGAUUCUAACUGCUGAAGAGUGUGAAAUGAAACGAGGAUUAGUCCAUGGAACCUGUCCAGGGCUGGUGGAAGGGAAUGAAUAUAUGUUCAGGAUUAAAGCUGUAAAUAUAGGUUCUAAGAAUCAGUGGAACUACUCCAUACCCUCGGAACCCUCAGAUUCUAUGAUUGCUAAGAUACGUUACAUUAAGGCGUUUAUCCAUGAUCCUGGAAUGUAUGAUAUUGAAAUCAAGAAAGGGCAAACCUUCAGAUACGAUAUAUGGUUCGGAGGUGAACCUCCUCCUUCAGUAACCUGGGAGAGACAUGAUGGAGUAAUAAAUCCAGAGAAUGAUGACAGAAUAACGAUGGAACUGUUUGCGAAGAGAAGUGUGUACUGUCAGAAGAAUACCGUGCUCACUGUUAAAAAGGCUGACCGAAAGAAGGAUUGUGGCAGGUACAAGAUCAGGUUGACCUGCGAGGGAGGAAACUUCGAAGCAACAGGAUUUGUGAACGUGCUUGAUGUACCAAGUAGACCUAGAGCUUUCCAACCAGAUGAGGUACGAGCUGAGCAUGUAAAACUGAGCUGGGAAGCUCCGGAGGAUGACGGAGGAACUCCGGUUCUCCGAUACCUUGUUAAAAUAAUGGAUCUCGAUUACAAUCAAUGGUUGAAUGCUUGUGAGGUGAAUGCUGCUACUACCCAAUGUACUGUAAAGAACCUGAAGCCAGGGCAUCUCUAUAGGUUUGAGGUUUCAGCAAUUAACAAGGAAGGAGAAUCUCUUCCAACACAAACCAAGGAUCCAGUAACUGCUGAAAACCCGUACAAGCCUCCUAGUGAGCCACGUGAGCCUGGAAUAGUAGAUUUCGACAACAAGUCUGUCACCCUUCGGUGGAACAAACCUGUGGAUGACGGGGGGAGACCUAUCACACACUUUGUUAUUCAGAAGAAGGAUCAGUUUGGAGGUUGGUUUGAUGCUUUGAUUACUAACGAUGAUCACUGCUGCGCUACUAUUGACGAGCUUGAAGCUAGGGUUCCAGGGUUGAGUGAGGGUAAAUGGUAUCAGUUCAGGAUUGUAGCUGUAAACAAGGCUGGAGAAUCCUGGCCAAGUUUUGAAACUAAACCUCAUCUCUGUAGACACAAAAACCUUGCUCCGACUAUAGAUAAAGGAGCAGGAGGAUCUAAGUCUGUAAAGGUGAACAGGUUGACCUGCUGGAGGAUUAAUGUGAAGGGAGAACCUCCUCCAACCUUCCUCUGGAAGAAGGAAGGAAAGGAGAUUACUUCUGAUGAAAAGUAUCAGGUAGAGACUAUAGAGUACCAGGGAGGAUCCACUGCAGUUCUUCAAAUUCUGAAAACUCAGUUAACGGAUGCUGGAACCUACUCACUUCAGGCUUUCAAUAGAAAUGGUACAGAUAAGGUUGAACUUGAUCUAAUUGUACUGGAAAGUCAGCAUGAUAAUGAUUGUGACAUGUUCCGAACUGGAAGCUUGGAAUGCAACUGCACAAGCUCUUUCAGAACUUCAGAACUGAGCCCUCAGCUACAAAUUGCGGUCAACUUCGCUAAAUGAGAAACAUCCAAUUUAUUCGAUCAGUUCAACAUGCCCACAGACAAAACCUGAAUUCCCAAAUUUGCAGAAAACUGGUUCCGGAUUCAGUUUUGUCUGUUCCAAAGACAGGUUUAAGGAUUCCACAACGUUAUAAUGUCGUCUUUAAAAUUAAAGACGAUCUAUAUAUUUUCUAAAUAAACGGACAAAUACCUAGCUGUCAACUAGAUAUAAAAUCCAACCGUAUGCUGUUAGUAAAUAUUCAUAUUUAAUGUAAAUAAAACGUGCUGUUUGUAGGAAUGAGUUAAAUUGAGAAAUAAAUCUGUUUAAGUUUUCU